AAGAAAACUCUAAACCGAAAGAAUUGAACUAAGAAGAAGACGAAGAAGAAGCAGAAGAAGAAGAAGAGAUGAACUCAAAUUCAGCAUCACAUUCUAUUAGAACAAACAUCCAAAGCCAUCAAGACAAUCAGCACCAUGAAGAUCCAAUUGAGAGUAAUCUUGAAAUCAUAAAUCAAGAAAAGAAGAAGAAAUGGUUUGAAAGGAUUGGAUCGAUUUUAAUAUUUAUCAUAGUUUUAAUUUCUUAUGUAACUCAAUCUGAAUUAUCACAAAUCAUACAAAUUCAAAAUGAUUAUCAAAAACCUUAUCUUUUACUUUAUUUAACUCAUUCUAGUUAUCUUUUUAUUUUACCUUUACAUCUUUUAAUCAUUCGACUUUUCAAAUCAAAACAUCAAUUCACUCAUCCUGAUGCUUUAUCAACAAGUACAAUUAGGAAUUCGAUUUUAAAUGAUCUGGUCCAAUUGAAAUCCAUUUUUGUUGACCAAUAUCGAUUUGAAGAUUUGAAUGAUCAGAUAAACCGUCCUGUGGAUUUGGACGAUGGCAAUCUUGAUGAACUAGAAAAUGAUAAUGAUAAUGAAGAAAUCAGAAGAAUUAACCGAAGCAAGAAUGCAUUAAAUCUAAAUCCAAUCCAAUCAUUUAAAUCCAAUUUACCAUUACGUAGGUUUUUGAUCAGAUCAAUACAACUUACCUUCUUAAUAGCUUUACCUUCUUUAUCUUGGUUCGCCUCAGUUUCUUUGAUCGAUUUAACUUCAGUCACUGCAAUUUAUAAUACAAAUGCAUUCUUUGCUUAUUUAUUUGCUAUAUGUCCUUCUCCAUCUACUGCUGCUCCACCCACUCAUCGUUUGUUAGGUACCGCUUUAGCUUUGCUUGGUAGCUUAACUUAUGCUGGCUAUGAAGUUUGGUAUAAAAAACUCAUCUCUUUACCUGAUCCUAAACUUCUUAAACAAUCUCUCGCUUCUUUUUCUACAAAAGCUAUCAUUUCAAAUUCCUCUGAAGCUGAACGUCAUUCAAGAGAUCAAGAAGAAUCAACUGGUUUAUUAUCUUUAUCAGAGUCACAAACAGAAAGAUCAAAACCUGAGAUUGAUUUAAUCAACAGAUCACUGACGGUAACACCUCAAAACAUCUUACUUCAUGCAAAUUUCAUUACUUCUUCAAUUGGCUUUUUCACUUUAACUUUACUUUGGAUUCCAAUUCCAUUUUUACAUUUCUUUAAAAUGGAAAUUUUUGAAUUACCUUCUGAUACAAAACUCAUUUUUCUGAUUCUUGGGAUGAUUUCAAUGGGUGUGAUCUUUAAUGCAGGCUUUAUGGUAUUAUUAGGUCUAUGGGGUCCAGUAGUAGCAUCUGUAGGAAAUUUAUGUACUUUAGUUUUAGUAGCCAUUUCAGAUUUGAUUUUACUUCCAAAUUAUCAUUUAAAUUUAUCAAUUUCAAUAGGUUGUAUUUUAAUCUCCACUGCAUUUAUUGUACUUGUAAUUGAUCUUUUUCAUAAAUAAAAUCAUCUUUAACUUCAUCUGAUUCUACCUUUGAAUUUUGUUAUUGUUGUUGUGUUUUUACAAGACUUUGAGGUUUUUUUUUCUUUGAAUCUACAAAAAAGUCAAUAAUCAUCUUGCAUAUUUUUUAUAUUCUCUUUUUUAGUACAGAUCAUAUACAAUUUAAUAUUAUUAGAAUUC